CUCAACUCUGGGCUUAGUACUGUACGGGUUCGAUGUUCGGUGCAAGGAGGAUAAGUAGUACUGUAACGGCACAUGGAUCGGGGUGAUUGCUUUCAGAUUGUUUUGAGUCACAUGAUUGCCAUAUCGAUGCGCUCGUACGCGGCUGGCACACCGCCGUGUGUUGUUGCGGAGCGUGUGCGCCCAGCCGCUCGUUACCUCCGCCACUCUCGCGAAGCGUGCACAAGUCGUUUUCGCGCUGGUGCAGCUGUUGCAGGCGCUUCUGCAUACCAUACACUAGGCAACGCAGUGGCGCGGAUCCCGGGGACUUCAUGUGUUGGUGUAGGUGCAGCACUUGCUGUCGGUGCCCGGAGGGCCUGACAUGUAUGCUGGUCCUUGCCAUAUUCGCUUCCGUCCUAGGGAUGUUUCAGUUCGGCUAUAAUCUAGGUGUAAUCAAUGCUCCACAAAAGGUUCUAGAAGACUUUAUUUCAACUGUGUAUAAUGAGCGGACAGGAAUGCCAAUACCCAAGAAUUUUAAAGACUGGUUGUGGGCAAUCACUGUUGCUGUAUUUGCCAUUGGAGGCAUGGUUGGAGGCAUUUCUGGAGGCAUGAUGGCAAAUCGUUUUGGGAGGAAAGGGGGUCUGCUCAUCAACAAUAUUAUGGGCAUUCUUGGAGGCUCAUUGAUGGGUUUCAGCAAUGCUUCUAGAAGCAUCGAGUUGCUCAUUUUUGGUCGCCUUAUCAUUGGAAUCAAUUGUGGUCUCAACACUGCACUAGUGCCAAUGUACCUGCUAGAGAUAUCACCUGUGCCACUCAGGGGAGGCCUAGGCACUGUCAGUCAAGUAGGAGUAACAGUGGGGAUGCUGCUUUCUCAGAUCUUAGGUAUUGAUGUCAUCUUAGGCACAGAAGAAGGAUGGCCAUACCUGCUCGCCAUUGCAGUCAUUCCAGCUGUGUUGCAGUUAUUGCUGCUGCCUUUCUGCCCAGAAAGUCCACGAUAUUUGCUCAUUUCGAAACAGCAAGAGUCUUUAGCACGAGAAGCUCUACAAAAGCUGAGAUGCUCAAGUAUGGUUGAAGAUGAUAUUGAGGAGAUGAAAACGGAGGAGCAAGCUCAACAGCAGGAAGCUAAAGUAACUAUGAUGCAAGUGAUCACAACUCGAUCACUCCAGCUACCACUGCUGAUUGGAGUGUUGAUGCAUCUCUCACAACAACUCUCUGGCAUUAUAGCUGUGUUCUACUACUCUGUGCGACUGUUUGAGGCUGCUAGCCUGCCACCAAGCACUGCCAAGUUUGCCACCAUAGGAGUUGGUGUAGUCAUGGUAGUCAUGACGCUAGUUUCCAUUCCACUGAUGGAUCGAGCAGGACGGCGAACGCUGCACUUGUACGGCCUGGGGGGCAUGUUCAUCUUCAGCAUCUUCAUCACUAUCUCCCUGCUGGUCAAGUUCUUAUACCAUUGGAUCACUUAUAUGAGUGUAGUGAGCACUUUGUGCUUUGUAGUCUUUUUUGCAAUUGGUCCAGGAACUAUUCCUUGGAUGCUCAUGGCAGAGCUCUUCUCCCAGGGGCCUCGGCCAGCUGCCAUGAGCAUAGGUGUCCUCAUUAACUGGUCAGCCAACUUCAUUGUGAGCCUCAUUUUCCCCCCAAUGCAGGCGGCUCUUGGAAACUACACUUUCCUGCCAUUUACUGUGCUGCUGGGCUUCUUCUGGACAUUCACGUACAAAAAAGUUCCAGAGACGAAGAACAGAACUUUUGAGGAAAUCUCUGCCCUCUUCAGGAGGGAUGAUGUAGUCAGCAUCAAUGGGAUGGGCACACGACGCAACUCUCUGGCACCUGGCCAGGAUGCUGUGUAUGAAGAAAAGCCAGAGACAUACGGAACAUUCAGCGCAUGAAUUGCUGGCAGCACUGGUGCUCACUUGUAUUCCAGAAACGAGGGCCUUUGGAAAGCAGUGUUAUGUCAUCUUUUCGAAGUGCAUGUACAAGUUUAUGCAUGCAUAGCUUAUGCAUAGGAUACUUCAUGCAUAGGGGGGGGGGGGGUGCUUGAAAAUGUUAUUUUAUAUUGGGCUUUGAAUCGUGUUUAUAGACUGGCAUUGAGGCAGUUUUUAUUUUCACAUCGGCGUGCAGUCUUAGUGCUUCAAAUUGUAUGAUUUAAUUUUUUACUAUCUUUUUCACACUAUCAAAUAUUGAAAGGAGCAACAUUUCAAAGCACUUUAGCUUUUUUAUUUAUAGAAAUGCCAUAAUUAAGGAUAACUGCCAUUCAUGGGAAGCAAACAAAAAAAUAGCUGUGGUAGUGUAGCAUACUUAGUUUUCCAAUGAUUAGCUUUGUGUUUUCUGCGUUAAAUUUUUCUAAGAAAAUGCAGCUCCAUUGCAUAUGAUUCUGUGAUGAUUUCUUAUAACCUAACAUUCCAUGGAAUGUUCCAUGCUGACCUGAAAGUUUCAUGUGCAAAAAUAUUAUUUGAGCCCUGUGUUCAAUUUAGCUUUUAUUUUUUUGAUGUGUAAAACAAGCUAUACUUAUCGUUUGUGAGAAAGUACACUGAUUUUUAAGGAAAUAUGAGUUGAUUCUGUUAAUUGGAAACAAAACGCUGACAAAAUCAGUGGUGUGGGCUGCAGAUUUCAUUCAAUGACUGAAUCAAUGAAGCAAGCAUGCAAUAGUGAAUUAAUACUUUAAAGCAAGGGUCGGCAACUUUUUU